GGGCGAUUGGUUCUUCUUUUGCCCUCGUCGCUAGCUGCCAUUACCGGCUUCUCUGUUGGUGGCGGGACGUACGGUGAAGAGGAAUCCAUCCGGCCGCUGUCUUCGACCGAUGGCGCCCUCCGGCGACGGCAGGCCCGUCAGUGGCGGCGGGUUCAGUGAAAAUGGCAAAUUCAGCUACGGGUAUGCUAGCUGUCUCGGGAAGAGAUCGUCCAUGGAGGACUUCCAUGAGACCAGAAUUGAUGGUGUCGAUGGUGAGACCGUUGGAUUGUUCGGUGUCUUCGAUGGUCAUGGUGGAGCUCGGGCAGCAGAGUUUGUCAAGCAAAACCUGUUCAGCAACUUAAUUAAGCACCCGAAGUUCUUCACCGACACCAAGUCUGCUAUUGCUGAAACUUUCACCCGCACGGAUUCGGAACUCCUGAAAGCCGAUACCACCCACAAUCGGGACGCGGGGUCGACGGCUUCCACCGCGAUCCUUGUAGGGGAUCGCCUCGUGGUGGCGAAUGUUGGGGAUUCUAGGGCGGUCAUCUGUAGAGGUGGUGAUGCUAUAGCGGUGUCAAGGGACCAUAAACCUGAUCAGACAGAUGAGAGGCAGAGGAUAGAGGAUGCUGGAGGUUUCGUCAUGUGGGCAGGAACAUGGCGUGUAGGCGGCGUCCUUGCCGUUUCUCGUGCAUUUGGUGACAAACUCUUGAAGCAGUACGUGGUUGCCGAUCCAGAGAUCAAGGAGGAGGUGGUCGACAGCUCUCUGGAGUUCCUCAUCCUCGCCAGCGAUGGGCUGUGGGACGUCGUCACCAACGAGGAAGCUGUUGCCAUGGUGAAGCCGAUUGUUGACUCGCAGGAGGCUGCCAAGAAGCUCCUCGUGGAGGCUACGCAGAGGGGCAGCGCCGACAACAUCACCUGCGUCGUCGUCCGUUUCCUGGACCAGCAGCCUAGCCCGACCACCACCACCGCCUCCACUGAUCGACCCUCGUAAACACAAUGCAGCGUCCUGCUGAACAUUGGUUGUUUCGAUGUUGAUCGGGCAAAGGGUUUGUCGUAGUCGCAGUGUACUGAUCAAUGGAGUCCUUUGCAUACAUGUUUCAUUUGACUUGUUGUGUUGUUUCCACGAGAUUUUAAUUCCAGUGUAAGAAUGUGUUCUGAAA